AUUUAAUAUUGUUCCUACUUGCUCGACUAUCAUUAGACCAGUAAAAGAGAUUGAUGAUUAAUUUAAUAAUUAAGGAAUGAAGAAGGUGAGUCGAAACCGCGUUUAGGUGAUGAGCACUAAGACCUUUCUUUGCACCAUCCUCUCUCCUUCAUCAUAACAAAUCCACAAAAGGAAUAAAUCUUUACACUCUGAUUUUUUUGAUUCAGCGCAUUCGAUUAAUCAACCAGAAACAGCAACUCAGGGAUAUAUUAAAGAAAGAAACUUUUUUUCCUUUUGUUAUUGACUUUAAAGUGUUUAUCUUUUGAGAGAGUUUUUCGUCUUCCUUCUUUCGUCUCCCAGAAAGAGAUUAAUCAGAUUUCUUAAUCUUAAUCCUAAUCCAUGUCAUCUGUCUCCUCGCUCUUCUGCUAUUCUGUUUUCGUUGGAUGAGGAGAAGAAGAAGAAAGUGAUUUUGAGUUAAUCCGCCAUUGUUUCAUGGGCAAUUCAUGCCGUGGUUCUUUCAAGGACAAAAUCUACGAGGGCAAUAACAGUCGGCCCGAGGAGAAUUCCAAAAGCACCACCCACGUUUCCUCCGAUCAUUCUCCGACCAACGAACAAGACUUCUCUUCCAAAGAAGAUCAGAAAAAGGACAAGGACAGCAGCCACAACAACAAUCCGGUUCUUGUGAUCCCUGUAAGGGAACCUAUUAUGCGUCGUAACAUGGACAACCAAGCUUACUAUGUUCUUGGUCACAAGACUCCAAACAUCCGUGAUCUCUACACGUUGAGCCGUAAGUUAGGACAAGGACAGUUCGGGACGACGUAUCUAUGCACCGAGGUUGCAACAGGUGUUGACUACGCUUGCAAGUCUAUAUCCAAGAGAAAACUGAUCUCUAAAGAAGAUGUUGAGGAUGUUAGGAGGGAGAUUCAGAUAAUGCACCAUUUGGCUGGUCACAAGAACAUUGUUACGAUCAAAGGAGCCUAUGAGGACCCUUUGUAUGUUCACAUUGUGAUGGAGGUUUGUGCUGGUGGUGAGUUGUUUGAUAGGAUUAUUCAGAGAGGGCAUUACAGCGAGAGAAAAGCUGCCGAGUUGACCAAGAUCAUCGUCGGUGUUGUUGAGGCGUGUCACUCGCUUGGUGUCAUGCAUAGAGACUUAAAGCCUGAGAAUUUCUUGUUGGUUAAUAAGGAUGAUGAUUUCUCUCUCAAGGCCAUUGACUUUGGGCUCUCCGUUUUCUUUAAACCAGGACAAAUAUUCAAGGAUGUUGUUGGAAGUCCAUACUAUGUUGCUCCUGAGGUUCUUCUCAAACAUUAUGGUCCAGAAGCUGAUGUGUGGACUGCUGGUGUUAUACUCUAUAUCUUACUAAGUGGUGUCCCUCCUUUUUGGGCAGAGACACAGCAAGGCAUAUUUGAUGCUGUCUUGAAAGGAUAUAUCGACUUUGAGUCAGACCCGUGGCCUGUGAUAUCCGACAGUGCUAAAGAUCUGAUCCGGAAGAUGUUAUGUUCAAGUCCCUCUGAACGCUUGACCGCUCAUGAAGUCUUGCGUCAUCCAUGGAUAUGUGAGAACGGUGUUGCACCAGAUAGAGCACUUGAUCCGGCUGUUCUGUCUCGUCUCAAACAGUUUUCUGCAAUGAAUAAACUAAAGAAGAUGGCUUUAAAGGUGAUAGCUGAGAGCCUCUCAGAAGAAGAGAUUGCAGGUUUAAGAGAAAUGUUUGAGGCAAUGGAUACUGAUAACAGCGGUGCAAUCACUUUUGAUGAACUCAAAGCUGGCUUGAGAAGAUAUGGCUCAACUUUAAAAGACACUGAGAUCAGAGAUCUUAUGGAAGCGGCUGAUGUGGACAACAGUGGUACAAUAGAUUACAGUGAGUUCAUUGCAGCGACGAUCCAUCUGAAUAAACUAGACAGAGAAGAGCAUCUUGUCUCUGCGUUUCAGUACUUUGAUAAAGACGGGAGUGGCUACAUCACCAUUGAUGAGCUGCAACAAUCUUGCGUUGAACAUGGCAUGACCGAUGUUUUCCUUGAAGACGUUAUCAAAGAAGUAGACCAAGAUAACGAUGGAAGAAUUGAUUAUGGAGAGUUUGUUGCCAUGAUGCAAAAGGGAAAUGCUGGUGUUGGGAGAAGAACAAUGAGAAAUAGCCUAAACAUCAGCAUGAGAGAUGCUUAAGUAUACAAUCUGUCUUUGAACCAUUUGCUCGGUGAGGCUACAAAUGUUUCCACGGAAUCAUUGUUUGCAAUCUUAAAUCACAGAUUCACAGAGAAGGCUAAAGAGAAAACUGGAUUCACAAGUGGAGAAAGCCAGCUUGAUUCCUUGAAGGUUUGAGUUUAAAAUGUUGAAAACUACUACUGUAUGAUUAAAAUUGGUGGAUGAACAAAAAAAAAAGAAAGUGUUUCGUUCUGUUUCAUCAGUAGCUUUGCGAGGACUAUUUCUAUUGUCUCUCUCUGUUUGUUAAUUUGUUUGUUUGUAACAAUUGAUAAAGUUUGGUUAGCUUUUGUUUCAUCUCCACUGUUGUGAAAGGUUUGACCCUUUUUGGGUUUUGAGAGAUCAAUCAUCUUCCACUAGAGCAUAAAAGUGAUAAUAUAAGUUGUGUGACCUC